AAUAGGAUCACUAAUACACCUAUCAAUGUCGUGAUCGCACAUCAUCCGCCGAACCCCGCUGGAGCUCCCGGGCUCCAUCGCAUUUGUAAUUAUCACUAUACAGGCAUCUAAAUCUCAUCUAUAUCAACUCAUCUCACUGAACUAACAUCUCAAACAAACUCGCCCAGAUUUUCUCCAGAUUUACCUCAUCCAUUGCAGCAUAUUAGCUUCUGAAGUCUUGGGUUAUCAGAAAGGCCAUGUCGGAACCAAAGCAACUGCAUCUCACGGCGUUUAUGCGACCAGUCAGCUUACAUACCGGCGCAUGGCGAUAUCCAGGCUCCUACCCGGACGCCAAUUUCAACCUCAAGCACAUUACGUCCUUCAUCCAAAAGCUAGAAGCGGCCAAAUUCGAUGCUUUCUUCAUGGCGGACCACCUGGCGGUGCUCAACAUGCCCGUUGAAGCGCUGAAGCGAAGCCAUACCGUGACGUCCUUUGAACCGUUCACGCUGCUCUCGGCACUAUCGCAGGUGACGGACAAGAUUGGGCUGGCGGCGACCGCUUCGACGACUUAUGAUGAGCCAUAUCAUAUCGCACGGCGUUUCGCGUCGCUGGAUCAUCUCAGCGAUGGUCGUGCGGCCUGGAACAUCGUCACGACGGGUAAUCCGGAGUCCGCGAAAAACUUCGGCCUCGACGAGCACGUAGAGCACAGUGAGCGCUACAAGCGAGCACGAGAAUUUUACGACGUGGUCACCGGCUUAUGGGACAGCUUUGCGGAUGACGCCUUCAUCCGUGACCGAGAAAGCGGUGUCUAUUUUGACCCGGAGAAGCUGCACGUGCUAAAUCACAAGGGCGACGAGUUGAAGGUAAAGGGCCCGCUGAACAUCGCGCGACCCGUUCAGGGUUGGCCCGUGAUUGUCCAGGCUGGACAGUCGGAGCCUGGGAGACAGCUGGCCGCCGAAACGGCCGAAGUUGUAUUCUGCUCGCCACGAGACUUGGAUGCUGCAAAGGCGUUGUACGCAGACAUCAAGGGACGAACGAAGGCCGCUGGGCGCGAUCCCAACCAUCUCAAGAUUCUACCGGCGGCUCUUAUCGUCAUCGGUGAUACGGUCGAGGACGCCAAGAACAAGCGGCUCAAGCUCGACACCUUUGUCCAUUACGAUAGUGCUAUUGCUUCGUUGUCCAUCGCGCUCGGGAGUGACGCGACUGGAUUUGAUCCGGACAAGCCAUUGCCAGCGGACAUUCCGGAGACUAAUUCGAGCAAGACCAGCCGUCUUGGUGUUAUUCAACUGGCCGAGAAGGACAAGCUGACCGUUCGGCAACUUGCGCAACGCUUGGGUGGCUAUUCGGGGCUUGCAUUCGUAGGCACGCCUGAGACGGUCGCCGAAGAAUUGGAGAAGUGGCUGGCCGAGGACGCAGCCGAUGGUUUCACAGUUACCUUCCCAUUUUUGCCCCAGGGUUUGGACGACGUCGCUGAACGACUCAUACCUGAGUUGCAACGGCGUGGUAUUUUCCGUAAAGACUAUGAAGGAACGACUUUGAGGGAACAUCUCGGACUCCCGCGCCCCAAGAAUCAGUUCUUCGGGUGAUCGAUUGAUUAUCAGAAGAUUGAUUUCGAUAUAAUGAUAAUGCUACAGAUGCCUCAUGAAAGACGAGAAAUAUGCGCAGCAAUGAGCUAAAAAGAUCUUUCAGGAAAAACCAUGCAGUCACUAACAGCAACUUUUGACCACAUAAAGGCAUCGAACCAAUGUUUCUAUCCGGCCUUUAAUCAUACUCAUCUUGCUU